AUGACUGCUGAAGCAUCAUUCCCCACUAUCAAGCAUGUGCGGACAUUUAUUAUACAGGGUGUGGGCUCAGGAGGAGACUACCACAAUGUGAAAGGAGGACAUUGGCUAGUGGACAGCUCGAUAUCAACUCCAAUGGCGCGGUGGGAGGAAUACCGCGCUUCCAGGACUAGCUGGGGUAUUAAUGUGCUGGGUUCGUUCUGUGUUGAGAUUGAAACAAAUGAUGGAACCAAAGGAUUCGCCACGGGGUUUGGAGGGCCACCAGCAUGCUGGCUAGUCCAUCAGCAUUUUGAGCGUUUCUUGAUCGGGAACGACCCUCGUGAUAUCAAUGACAUGUUUGAGAAAAUGUACCGCGGAUCCAUGUUCUACGGUCGUAAGGGUCUCCCCAUUGCAGUCAUCUCUGUCAUAGACCUGGCUCUCUGGGAUCUCCUAGGCAAGAUACGCAAAGAACCAGUUUAUAAAAUGGUCGGUGGCGCGACCCGGAAGAGACUACAUUUCUACUGCACUGGACCCCAGCCAGCAGCAGCAAAGGCAGCAGGCUUCAUUGGGGCGAAAGUUGCUCUUCCAUAUGGACCAGACGAAGGUAUCGACGGCUUGAAACGAAACAUCGAGUAUCUUCGCAAACAUCGCGAAAGCGUUGGACCCGAUUUCCCCCUCCGAGUAGACUGCUACAUGUCCUUGACAGUACCUUAUACGAUUGAGCUCGUUAAGCAAGCCGAGGCCCAGGGCCUCAAUAUCGACUGGUGGGAGGAAUGUCUAACCCCAGAUGACUUUGAUGGCCAUGCUCUCCUCAAGAGAGCCCACCCAACUGUCAAGUUUACCACCGGCGAGCACGAAUACUCCAGAUAUGGAUUUAGGAAACUAGUCGAGGGCCGCAACCUAGACAUCAUUCAACCAGAUGUCAUGUGGCUGGGUGGUCUAACCGAACUCCUCAAAGUCUCCGCGCUGGCAGCCGCCUACGACAUCCCAGUCGUCCCUCACGCCUCUGGAUCGUACUCGUACCACUUCGUGGUCUCGCAGCCCAACACUCCAUUCCAAGAAUACCUGGCCAACUCGGCCGACGGCAGCAGCGUGGAGCCCGUGUUCGGCAACCUGUUUUUGAACGAGCCUAUCCCCGUGAAGGGAUACCUAGAUUUGACAGAUUUGGACAAGCCUGGUUUUGGCCUUGAGCUGAACCCCGCGGCGCCGUUGAUUCCUGCUUCUACGAUUCUGACUCCUGCGCCUGCAAGGAGCUUGACGCUUCCCACGCCAUCUGAGGAGGAAGAUAAGGCGAGUGGCCAUAGCUAG